AUGUAUCGUAACUCACCUACCCUAUUCAAAUGCUUGUCUUUACGAGCGAUUAUCCCACCUCAACAACGCCUACUUCACGGAACACCAGCACUCUUGGCUGGUUUCAAAAAAGGUCGUGGUACCGGUGAUCAAGGCAAAAGCAGUUUAUUCUCAAAUGAACGUCGUUGGAAGGACGAUUUUGCGUUUCAUGCUCUGGGAAAUGUCGAUGAACUUAGCUCUAGUAUUGGAGUGUGUCGUGAGAUGUUGUUCAAUGAGGGUCUAUUCGACGUUUGCGAGGUGCUCACUCGUAUCCAAUGCUGUCUGCAAGAUGUUGGCGCACACGUGGCCACUCCACCCGAUUCGUUGAAGUCGAAAAUUGCGAAGACGAAAUUCGACGAGUCUCUAUUCGAUUACGUAAACAAGCAAAUCGAUGUGUACGGUGAUCGUAUUCCACCGUUGAAGCAAUUUGUGCUACCGGGUGGUGGCAAUGUGGGUGCUGCACUUCAGGUGACACGUACCGUUUGCAGACGUGCCGAACGAAGUUUGGUACCGUUGAUCAAGGACGACGCAAUCGACAAGAAUGCUCUUCGAUUCCUGAAUAGAUUAUCCGAUCUGCUGUUUGUGUUGGGUCGUUAUGCAUGCGAUAUAACGAACAGCACUGAGGCGAUCUAUCAACGUCCUCAGCAGUUCGAUCCGAAUAUCAAGUGGAAGACUCAAAAAGUACAUACCAUCAGCAGCUCUUAA